AUGACCCAGGCCGGCCGGCGGGGUCCUGGCAGACCCUGGCCGCGAUCCGGAGCACGGCCCAUGGCCUCCCCGCGCCUCGGGACCUUCUGCUGCCCCACGCGGGACGCCGCCACACAGCUCGUGCUGGGCUUCCAGCCGCAGGCCUUCCACGCGCUGUGCCUGGGCAGCGGCGCGCUACGCCUGGCGCUCGGCCUCCUGCAGCUGCUGCCCGGGCGCCGGCUCGCGGGCCCCGGGGCCCCCGCGACAGCCCCUCCGGCCUCGGCCCGCAUCCUGCGCGCCGCCACCGCCUGCGACUGGCUCGGCUGCCUGGGGAUUGUAGUCCGGUCUACGGUGUGGUUAGGAUUUCCAGAUUUCGUUGAAAGCAUCUCAGACGUGAACAGGACAGACAUUUGGCCUGCCGCCUUCUGUGUGGGGAGCGCAAUGUGGAUCCAGCUGUUGUACAGUGCCUGCUUCUGGUGGCUGUUUUGCUAUGCGGUUGAUGCCUAUCUGGUGAUCCGGAGAUCUGCGGGACUGAGCACCAUCCUGCUCUACCGCAUCAUGGCGUGGGGCCUGGCCGCGCUGCUCUGCGUCGAGGGAGUGGUGAUCCUCUACUACCCCUCCGUGUCCAGGUGUGAGAGGGGUCCGGAGCACGCCAUCCCCCACUAUGUCACCACAUACUUGCCGCUGCUGCUCGUCCUUGUGGCUAACCCCAUUCUGUUCCAAAAGACAGUGACUGCAGUGGCUUCUUUACUAAAAGGAAGACAAGGUAUUUACACAGAGAACGAGAGACGGAUGGGAGCCGUGAUCAAGAUCCGAUUUUUCAAAAUAAUGCUGGUUUUCGUUAUUUGUUGGUUGUCGAACAUCAUCAACGAAAGCCUUUUAUUCUAUCUUGAAAUGCAACCAGAUAUCAAUGGAGGCUCUUUGAAGCAUGUCAGAAAUGCAGCCAAGACCACCUGGUUUAUUAUGGGGAUACUGAAUCCAGCCCAAGGAUUUCUCUUGUCUCUGGCCUUCUACGGCUGGACAGGAUGCAGCCUGGAUUUUCAGUCUCCCAGGAAGGAGAUCCAGUGGGAGUCGAUGACGACCUCGGCCACUGAGCGGGCUUACCGGUCCCCAGAGGGCUCCUGUGUGCCCCAUGAAAGCCUCACUUCCAGGAAGACAGUGCAUGUUGGCGGGCACACUUCCGAUGAGGCCCUGAGCAUGCUCUCUGAAGGUUCCGAUGCCAGCACAAUUGAAAUCCACAUUGCAAGUGGGUCCCGCCAUGAAGAUGAGGUCAAAUCUCUUUCCCAAACCCAGGGAGACCUUUGAGAGGGACAUGACACGGGUCCAGACCCCGCAUCCCUCAAAGUCGACAUCUCUCUUUGUUUUGAACUGUUCUCGCCUUCCUGUCACCACACUGCCAGGUGUGGCAUCCCCCCAACCUCACCCAAUAUUAGAACUUCUUCCCGAGGGUCCUCUUGGUGAUGAGAACUGAUCCACGAGCUGGUGCUUGGGAGUGGAAAACGCCUUCUAAACCAAACAGCAGCUUCUCUAGACUCUUAGUUGCCCUCUGUUUUUCUGAGGCUGGCUGUAAUGUAAAUGCCGGAUCCCGGUCCUUGGGAAAAGUUAAUAAAGUAGUUGCAACCGA